AUCCAAUUCCAAUACAGCCCGCACGUCGCAACAGUCGAGCAAGCAGCAGACAAGACACCGGGCCUCGGUUGCCUGCGCCGCGUGCCGCGAGAGGAGGAUACGCUGUGUUGUCCCCGAGGGAGAAUCCGAGUGUAUUCAGUGCAAGAGGUCGUCCGGCGAGUGCGUCAUAAAAAACGACGACGAAAGACGACGGCAUGUGCCCAGCCCCCCGUCACGCGCUUCGUUUUCCUAACAAGCAAAUACACAGACCCAUCUCGAAGGCGUACAUGUCUUCCCUAGCCAGCCGCAUCGUCUUGCUAGAGGGAAUGCUCCAUGAACGCGGCGUGAACCCCCCUCCCGCCACCCACCCGCCAAAGACGAGACAGGAAGCCCAAACAAAACCGCGCCAAGACCAACCAAAAGGCCAGAGACGGAGCUUUUCUCAAGGUUCCGACGAAAACCCGCCAUAUUCCCUGGAUGGAGAAGCAUCGACGCCUAUUCCUUCUGGGGAUGAGGAUGCCGCCAAGAUCGAAGCCGAAGCAGCUGACAGUCUCUCGGCCUCCCUGCCCUGGAAUAUCGACCCUGUCCUGUCUCGGACGGAGCUCAAGAAGGAUGGCCACUUGCGGCGACUUCUGUGCUCCGAAGGUACCAUGGCCGUUGAUCAGUCGUCGGGCCGGCUCCGGUUCUUCGGCCCGACUGCUAACAGCCAUGUCUAUGCCGAGUCUGCAUUUCUCCACGACUCCAGCGCGGUCCACGAGCAGGCUCGCCGAGCAGACCGCAUCAUCCGCUCGCUCGGGCCUUCCACCCGCGAUCAUCUCAUGACGUGCUUCUGGAGCCACUAUAACUCGGUCACCAAGGUUAUUGACCAAGCCGUGUUUGAAGCCGAUAGGGACGUGCAAAACCCGAGCUUCUACUCGCCGUUUCUGCACAUAACAAUGCUGGCGGCCGGCUACCGGUUUGCCGACCGGGAUCGAGAGGAUGUGAAGAGAAACGCACUCAGGAACUGGGAGAGCACAUUCCACAGAGAAGCAAAGUGCAUGCUGGAUGCCGAGCUCGAAAGGCCUGGAGCCAUCCCCAGCGUCCAGGCGCUUCUCAUUCUCGCCGACUUGGAGUGCGGCGUCGGCCGGGACAGCACUGGCUGGAUGUACUCGGGGAUGGCAAACCGUCUUGCAUUUGACAUUGGGCUUCAUGUCAGCUGUGGCCAAGCUGGCGUGUCCGAAACGGGGAAGCGGGUGAGGCGCCAAGUCAUGAUGGCCUGCCUCUUCGUAGAUCGCCGAUGGGCGCUCCUGCUAGGCCGUCCCACCAGCAUCAAGUUUCAGGACAUCAGCCUGGACUUGAGGCCAACGAGCUAUUCGGCCCUGUCUCCCGAGACGUUCACAAUGCAGCUGUCCGACCCUGGCCCAACAGCCUCUGAGUCGAUUGAGAACGCCAUCCAUCAGCACUUGUUGGGGCUGAUGGAGCUGGCCGGCAUGAUCGCCGACGCGCAGAACACGACGCGCAAUAUUACCAACAGAUCGGCGUUGAACGCGCCCAACGAUAGCUCGUAUCGGCAUGUCAUAAUGCUUGACCGGCACUUGCAAAACUGGUAUCGCGGGCUUCCCGAGUCGUUGGUGUGGUCGCCCGCGAACAUCAAGUCUGCGCCCUUCAGCUUCUUCAUCCUCCACCAGCAAUACCACGUCUGCGUGAUACUACUUCACCGGCCUUGGGCCAAAUACGGCCCCACUGCCUUUGACAGCAUGGGCACCGGCCUCUAUGCUAGCACGGCCUCCCCAGCCUCCGGCAGCUUUGUGCCGGGCCUGGACAGGCCUCGGCCCAUCGGCGACGACAACAGGGCAUCAUUGUCCCGCAGCAUGUGCACCCAGCACGGCGUCCGAGUAGCGCGCAUCUUUUGGCAGCAUCGCCAGCGCUUCAACGGGCGUAAGAUCUGCAUCGGCGCCAUCCAGCAUGCGGGAACGGCGGCUCUCGCGCUCAUGGCGGCGCUGGCCCACCAGAGCGCCGAGCUUGACCACCACAGUAACCUGAGAUAUCUCCAAGUGAUCUCCACGGCGAUUUACGACAUGAGCCACACCUACCAGCCCGCCGCGCGCAUGUACCAUUUGCUCAAACACAUGCUUGUGGACAUACGCAAGGACAUGGCCAACUCGGGCGUGAUGCUCGGUCGGUUGCAGCAACAAAAGAGCAGCUUCAUGUUUGAUGCUGGUCACUGGAGCCCGAGCAAUGAAGGGAUUUACUCGGGUUCCAAUGUCCGGAGCAACGGAGGCGACGUCUCUGGCGUUGAGGCCGCCAAGAAGCGACGUCGACUGUCCAGCCGAAGCACGCCGGCAGUGGCGCGCCCGAUACCUAGCACCUACCCGUACGCGGUCGGCCCUCGAGCACUUGACAAGUCGAGCAACACAAGCUCCAAGUCCAUCCCGCAAGCAGAGCCGUACUUUGAGGUGUCCGAGGCGCCUCAGGACUUUGAUCUAGACUUCUUCCAUGCCGAAUUUGCAAACCUUAUAAACGAGAAGCAAGAUAAGACAGCCGGCGCCAGUGUCGCUGACGAUUGCAUCACCGCCGACCCUCCGCUCACCGCGAACCCCGCCGAUCUCGAGAGCACCAGCAGCUUGAAUCGGCGGGCCGACUCCGAAUCCACACCCGACGUAACCAUUGAGGAAUGGCUUACCGAGCCGCCCGCUCUUACCCCCGCCUCCUCUGCCCGCCACAGCCCAGGGCCCGCCAGGCCAGCAGACUCGCUAGCAGCUGCAUCGACAGACUUUGGCGACCCACAAAAACACCAGCAGCAGCAGCAGCAGCACCUCGGCGACGGGGCUGGCAACUCCAUCUCGAGGCUGAUUGUCGACCUGACCAGCGACUGCGGCUUCGAUUUCGUCGACGCCGCCGACAGUCUGGGCGACAGCAACCAGAUGAUCUUGGACGGCGACGACGAUGACGGCACAGGCGGCACCACCACCACCGCCAGCGCCCUCGAGUGGAUGAUCAAGUCGGCCGACCCCAUGGCCAUGAUGGACACCAUCACGCCCAUGACCCUCGACGACCUCAUCCAGAACGCCCAGAAGGCCGCCGGCGCAAAGAGGGAUAGGCACGCCGUGCCCGGGCCGCCGCCGCGGAACCACGAGCUCGACUAUCUGAGGCUGUGAAUCUCUGGGGCUGUGAAUCUCUGGGGCUGUUGUAUGUGUUGGUUGUCUAUAGACUAUAGGUAGGCAGGCAUGUGGAAAGAAUGGCGUUGAGGGAAAAGGGGCGUCGCAUGGGUUUUUGAGGUGUUUAGCGUUUAGUUUUGUUUUUCAUGUUCCAGGGUUAGAUCUUUUAGCGCUUGAUAGAGCUAUCUCAUGGAUUAUGCAAUCACUAUCCUUUUCUCAUGAA